UAUUUUGUUCUUCUACACAAUAUGACAAAUUAAUUAAUUUAAAUUUAUCAUGGUUCUACAUAAAAAUAUAAAUACAAAAAUACUUGACUCUUCUCCUAUAAACGUUUUAAAGUUUGCAGGUAAUACAUAGAGUAAUACUAAAUACUCUAUGAAGUACGGUCAUAGUACAUUAAUGUUCUAAGAUACGGCUAAUAUUGAUUUUUUAAACUGUGAUAAUAUUGAUAAAUUCAAAUCAUGUUUAAAUAUAAAAAAACAUAGGAUGAUAGGACAGGACAGGUAGGUACUUACUCGAUAUUUUUCCUAAAAAGAAAAUCUAUGACAAGAUCCUUAUUGAUCGCGAUCCUUAACGAAUUGUAAAAAAAAGAAAUCUCGGCUUAGAGCCAUGAAAAAAAUGAAAACACGAAGUCACUGACUAACCAUUGAUUAGUGAUAAACAAUGUUAACUAUUAAAUAUUAACUUAAUUAUGAAUUAUUAUUUAUGGUUUAGUCAAUAGUUAGUGUUAAAAGUUAAAGUUAAUUUUAAUUAGUUGAUUAAUUUUAAAGUUCAUAAUCUUUAAUAUAUUAUUUACAUUUUUACAUCUUUAUUUAAUGCAAUAGUAUUAAUGUAUAGUAUUUGAUUUUAUUGAACUAUUAUCGAUGUAAGUGUAUUAUGUCCGCAUUCUCAGAAAGUUUGUAAGCUUUCUUAAAGGUUUUUCCUACAUUUUUAUUAUAAGCUGUGUAAGUUAACGUGUUGAAUAAUGCUACCGGGACGUGGAGUGGGCUGUUUGCCGGAUAAUCCUUUGGGUCUCUCUUGGCAUGAUAGUAAUUGGAUUCCGAUGCUCAACUCUAAUAACAUACUGGACUACUUCUCGGAACGUAGUAAUCCAUUUUACGAUCGGAGUUGUAAUAAUGAAGCUAUUAAAAUGCAACGGCUCAGUAUGGAUCAGUUGAGUAAUAUGAUUGGACUGGAGUAUUGCCUUCUUCAUGUGCAAGAACCAAUUUUGUAUGUAGUACGUAAACAACACAGACAUUCUCCAACACAUUCUACACCAAUUGCCGAUUUUUACAUUGUUGCUGGAAUAGUUUAUCAAGCUCCAGAUCUUCUUUCAAUUAUUAAUUCUCACAUGAUGUCUUCAGCAUACCAUUUAGAGACUGCAUUUGAAGAACUAAACUCAUUAGCUAGAUUUCAUCCAUCUAAAGGUUAUUCAUGGGAAAAUCGUAGACCUGGUCAGCCAACUGGUCCUGUAACAGCUCCUCCACCAUCUCCAGUUAAGGUUACCGGCAAGAGAGACAUUGAAGAAGCUAGUUCCCAAUUUCAAAGAUUACGAGUAGACAUGUUGUUAGUUGAAUUAACAAGAAAGUUUCCUUUACCUUUACCUCCAGCUCUUGCAGCAACACCUCAAAAUACUAUAAAUAAUCAACAAACAAAUGAACUAAUUAAAAAAGAAGUGAAACAAGAAAUAAAACAGGAAAUGAUUCAAGACAUAAAUAUUAAACAAGAACCUCAGCCUACUAACUCUUUAUCGCCAUCAAUGAGACCCCCUCCAGAGAAAAAGUUUAAGCCGGCAUAAUGCUCUUCUUAUGUAUAACAUAUUUAUAUAUUAUUUAAUUACAUGAUCUGCAUUUUAUAUACAGACUAAAGUUAAUAUAUAAAGUAUAAUAUACUUGAUGGCAACUAAAGCCUUUUACUUAUUUUAAUCUAAAAUUAAUUGUUAUUUUUAUACUAUAAAUGAUAGGAUUAUUUUAUAAUAAAAAAAAUAUGUUCAAAAUAAGUAUUCAGUUUUUAAUGUUAAAUAUGUACAUACGCAAUGUAUUUUUGUAAAAUCUUAAGAGAAAAAACCGAUAUAAUAAACAUUUACAUAACAUA